AUGGUGCCGAAGCUGCCAACGGUGCUUCUGCUCACUGCUUGUCUUCAUGGCGGCAGCUUGCCACUUUGUGAGGACUGUGACGGCUCUGACGUCAGCGAACUUCUGCAGCUUUCGCGAACUGCGCCCAAGGAGGCCAUGGACUUGGAACAGCUUGCGCAGAAGAUCGCGAAGGAGAAAGCCUCAACGGGAUUCCUGGCCUUUUACAUGGUGAAGGUCUUCUUGGAUUCAGCGCUCUGGAUGCUCGAGAAGCAGUUCACAGGCCUCAUCGAGGUGGCUGACAAGGCUGGGCAAGACUUGCAAGAGCUGUUCUCCUCUGCCGAGGAGGGUACGGAGGAGCUGUAUCAGGAGGCCUCGGAUCUCUUGAAGGAGCUCUUCUCCCGAGUACGAAGUGAGCUCUUCAGCGGAAGCUCGCACGUGCCGACGGUCUUUCGAAUGUUCGGCCUAAGAAGGUCGGCAGAGGCCUACACCAGCAGUGUGAAGCAGGCCUCGGACAUCUUGGACGACCUCUUCAAAGCUUGUGAUGUGGCGAGUUACGCGGCUGGUUCACUAGAGGACUCCCUGGCAACCUGCCGGGGCAAGAGCUCCGAGAUGAAAGACGUGCUGCCGAAGCUGAUGCGGAGUUUCUUGGACACACUGGCCGACAACAUCGCCUGGGCCGUGUAUAACAAGGACGCGCUGAAAGCCUAUGCCGACCAGCACCUGGAUUACACCGUGGGAAUCGUGCAGCGCGUCUGCACGUCG